UAAUGAUCCCGAUUUUACUACUGAUGGACUUCUUGGAGAUGCAACUUCUGAUGAAGAUUUUGAUGAUGUUCCUGGAACAAGUGGGCUAGGCCUAUCAGACACUCCCAAUAGACCAAGUACAAUUGAAACUAGUAGUCAUGAAAAUAUACUUCAUCAUGAAUCUAGCUCUGAAGAUGAAGCCAUGGAAGAAAGCCCUAGGCCUAGAGCCAUCCGUGGAAGGCCAUUGGGGCACAGUACAGCUAGGCCAACUGUUCGAAGAACUCAGGCUAGACCUACAAAUACAUAUAACUGGACUGACAAUGAUGUGACUCCAAACAUUCCUGUGUUUGUUGGGCAAGGUAAACUGCAGACAGGUACAGUUCUGGAAGAAGGAUGUUCAGUAAGUGACACAUUUUCUCAUUUCAUUGACAAUGAUAUAAUAACCCUAUUGAAACAUCAAACAAAUCUAUACGCCUCUCAAAAAAAUAAGACAAUUGAGGGCAAAACAGGCACUUUCACCUUCUUGUAG